AUGGCAUUGGACUCUUGCUCUGAAAUCGCUAUCAUAACAGAGGAUAUUGUAUUACGCAUAGGGGCUAACAUUGAUAAAUCCAUAAAGUAUAACCUGAGUGGUAUCGCUACUGUACCGGUUGAAUCCGUUGGGGUUGUCCACAAUUUACUGAUAACCCUG